GAGAUGUUAAAAGAGCGGGAUUGUAAGGCUUAUUCACAAUAAUAAUUCCGUUAACGCAAUGGAAUGAACAUAGAUUUUGUUGUCAUUCGACUGAUUGGCACAACCGAAGGGUUUCUAUAGCUUUUGAAUUGGUCGAAGAAGUCCGUCAAUGCAAUGUUUCAGGAGCUACCCAAGAGUGUUGAAAGAGCUGAAGAGUUUUUCAGAAAUUACAAGGAAAAUUUCCACAUGAGACAAAUCAUACAGGCUGAGGAAAAUGCCUACAAUUUUGCAGAUUCAAUUCAGCAAGCACUCGCGACACUUUCAUCGCAAUUGAACGAGAAAAAUGUUGAACUUGAGGAGACAGUGUCUGCUAUUCAGGAUGCAAAAAGAAGAAGGAAAAUACUAACUGAACAGUUGAAGGAAGCAAGCCUUGAGGACAGGAGAGCAUUAGAGAAUAAAUUGUGUGCUGUUGAAGAAGUGCGCAAGGACCUCGAAAAGGAAAAACAAGCCCUUGUGAUGCACUUUGAAGACAAAAAGAUGUGCAUUAAAAACAGGAAUGUCAUUGAUCAAAUUGAUGCUCUGCGAGUUCCAAAAUCUCUGUUUUCUCACUAUCUCCAGCUGAGUAUUUCCACUACAGAUCAUAACCAUCAAGUUCUUUUGAAGUUUCCCUACAGAGAUGGCCAGCAAUCAUUGCAGAUUAUAUUUGACACUGAGAAGCGGAUUGUGUGUGAGCCGCAAACUGAAAUAUCGAAAUUUUCGAAAGAGUUGAACAAAGAGGGUAAUGUCACAAUGUUCUUGUUCAAAGUUUGGAAAUAUUUGAGAUCGAAAGAGAAAUCUCAGCUCAACUAAUUCUCAUGUGUACAUGAUAUAAUUAAAGCCUUAAAUCUCUAUCAGCUCUGAUCUUGGUGUACCUAGGUCUACUUCUGGUCCUUUUUAACAACUCUUAUGUAAAUAGAUAAAUAGAGGAAUUAAAAAUAUUAUUUAGUUAUGUAUACCAAGCAA